UAUGGUCUAAAGAGCUUGGUACGGUUGCACAUGGACCACAAUCAAAUUGAAUUUGUAAAUCCCAACGUUUUCUAUGGACUCACAUUGCUGAGGCUGGUCCACCUGGAAGGAAAUUUACUUAAGCAGCUUCACCCAGAUACUUUUGUCACCUUGCGCUACAGCCAGAUAUUUAAGAUAUCCUUCAUCAAGCACAUAUAUUUGUCUGACAACGCGCUGCUGUCACUGCCACAAGACAUGCUUUCCUACAUGGCCGAGCUGGAGAGCCUCUACCUGCACGGAAACCCCUGGUGCUGCGACUGCAGUCUGCAGUGGUUGGCAGAGUGGGCAACGCAGAGAGCAGACAUUAUAAAGUGCAAAAAAGACCGAAGCUCCGGUGCCCAGCAAUGCCCAGUUUGUGCCAGUCCCAGGAGUCGCCGUGGGAAAAGCGUGGUGGAUCUCCCUGCUGCAGCCCUAACCUGUGCUAAGCCAGCCAUACAAGAUGCCCUGAAACUUGAAAACGUCACCAUGCCAGAGGACGGGGAGCUCCAUCCUGUCUCUCCCAGGGACUUCAUGGCUCCCAUAGGAUCCGUGGUUCUGAACAUGACUGACCAAGCGGGAAACCGAGGUAACUUGGCUUGCAGUGUCCAAAAACCAAAAGAAAUGUCUCCCAUCUCAUUUGACAAAGAAGGCAACAGUACAGUACUCAAAGCAUCAUUCUCAGCGUUUCUCAUGUGUGGCAUCGAUUAUGAACACAUUCAGCAGCUCUGGAGCAUCCUGGCACUGUACAGUAACUCGCCUUUAAAACUGGAGAGGAACACCCUAGUAACUAACAUGCCUUUUACUAGCUACAAGUAUAAACAAAUCUACUCUGAUAAAGAUGAACUUUUUACCAAUACAGAGGCUGAACUGAGAGCUGAACCACCAUGGUUAAUGCAGAGCAAGGUAGCAUUACAGCUGGACAGGACAGCGACCACACUGAACAUGCUGCACAUCCAGUACUUCACUGAUGCUCAGAUUGUUCUGCCCAGCACUGACAAGAGCCAGGACAGAAAUACCUGGGUCAUCAUCUCCAGAGACAACACCACCCAGACGGAGCACACCGUGCUGGUCGGGGGCACCGUGGAGCUGCCGUGCCGAGCAGUGGGAGAACCGGCCCCCGCCGUGGAGUGGAUAUUGGCUGACGGGAGCAAGGUCCGAGCCCCCUACGUCAGUGAGGACGGGAGAAUCGUGGUGGUUAAAUCGGGAACAUUCACCCUGCGGACAGCUGAUGCUUUUGACUCUGGGCUCUAUCACUGCAUAGGCACAAACUACAACGACGGAGAUGCCCUCACAUUUAGAAUUACUGUGGUGGACCCUUAUGAGGAGCACAACAGCGCAAAUGGAGCCCAGCUUUCUGCCUUUGUCGGCAGCAUGCUCUACCUGCCCUGCACAUCCACUGCCGUUCCAGAUGCUGCCAUCAGCUGGGUGUUACCUGAGCACACGAUUCUGCAUCAUUCUGAAGGAAACAAACAUGUUUUUGACAACGGCACCUUGAGAAUACAAGGGGUGACAGAGCGAGACAGUGGCUACUUCAGGUGUGUGGCAGCCAACCCGUACGGUGUUGAUAUUUUGGUUUUCCAAGUGCUGGUCAGAAAGGAUGAAACCACUCUAAAGAAAACACAGGCAGCUGGGGGAGAAUGGGCAGAGGGCGAUGGCUCUGGCCAUGCAGUGCCGGCCUCUGCUACGACACAGAUGCACUCAUUAGCUCCUCCACCCACCUUGACAGCUCCUUGGGAAUCUGCUGUCUCCGCGGCCAGGAACCAGGUGGCACAGAGUGCGCGUAUGAGGAACCGCUAUAGGAAGGUGACAUACAGGCACUACCAGGACAGAGCGGGCAGACGGUUCAGAGGGCACAGGAGGCAGUUCGUCUCCUCGGCCAGGAGAGUCGAUCCACAGCGCUGGGCAGCCUUGCUGGAGAAAACCAAGAGGAACUCCACAUCAACAGGAAAACAAGUUGCAACCAAACCACCUGUUCAAGUCCGCAAGUUCUCAGAAGCGCCUGGGGAUGAGGAGGAAACGUCUGGUGAUAUCGUAUCUCCAGAGGAAGAAUUCAUGAUACCGGUAACAAGGACAGCGGUACCUGCGCUGGGCAGAGCAAUGAAGAGCGUGGUAACUGCAGGGCCUGGGGCGGCCACGAGCAAUGCUGCUGCUGGGAAAGGCUCUCUCCUGGUUGCAGAGGCAGGGACGCCCCUACCCUCUCCCUUCUCACAGUCUGUGCCAUCUGGUUUAAGUCAGGUAUCAGCAAAUGGUAUAAAACCGUCAUCAGCUGUAUCAUAUGCAGCAAGGAGAACACCUACACUCUCCACUGCUGGGCAAGGGUUGGUGUAUUCUGGGGAAAGCAAUAACCAGCACGUAAAAUCUGUAUCCAUGGCACCCGUGACAGAAGUUACAGACACCAGCAAGUCCGUAACUUCCCAAAACGCAGCGGACGAGCUCCAUGUUUUUACUGAGUCUAUUGAUAAGAUUUCCACCAAAACAGAUCCUCAGUUGUCUGUAGUGGCUGUCAGUGAACCAAGUCCUGGAUUUGAUCGCAUUUAUUUCCACAGUACUCACAAACAAGUAACUCCUAGGCUGCCAUUGGCCUCAACUGCCAUUAAUGAUCAGCAAGUCCAGAUUGUCCAGGAUUUUCCAACUCAGACACCCCCACCACAGCAGCAAUAUGGGAGACGAAGGAAAAUUUCUGGUAGGAGACGAAUUGUUAGACCAGGACGGAUUCCAGGUAUGAAAGAGCACAAGUACAACUUAGGGAGAAAUAGCACAGCUGUGGCUGCAGGUGUUCAACUGAAUAUGAAGUAUGUAUCAAAUUUACCAACCUUAAAUAAUAUCAGCAGCUCCAUCAACCUAAUGAGCCCAGAAGCACCGUUGUCCUCUCCCUCCACCAUGAAUAUGCCCCUGGAGCACCCAGCGGGCACUCAGCAAAGCACAGCAUUCCCCAGGGAAAAUGAAGCCAGUGCAAGGCACAAAACCACAACCACAGCCAUGUCUUUCACUGCCAAGAGCGCCCACGAUACCCCUCAAGGGACGUCAGGGACCAGCGCUGCAUUUCAGGCAAACACUAACAGAGUCCAAUCCUCCAGCGUCAGACUGCCAACAGCGGCAACCCACACAGCUCUUGCUGCAACAGGAAUCACACAAACCAAAACCACUGAGACAUCUUCUGCCCUUGAAUCGGUCACACACAGCAAGCUACCAAACCAGCAGACAGAUGUGUUUCCAUCACCAGAGGUACCAACUGCGCUUCCUAAAACCACAGCAGGGUUAUCCCUGUCCAAAGUGUCUCCUUUGCGCUUUACACCUGUUUCAACAGGUGAGAAUCACAGCAGUGCUUUCUUGUCUUUAAACAAACCCAUUCCUUAUGGCAAUGGCAAUGGUAAUUUAGAAGAACAUCUUCCCACUGCAAAACCACAUUCUUACUCUAAUCUUGCAACUGGCGCAACCAAAGAAAUGGAUGUAACGAGUUUGAAGCCACCAGUUAUACCUAUUAUUACUCUUCAGACUGACACCAAAAUCACCAAAAGCAAAGUAUUCAGAGUGGGGAGAAAGAGAGGUCAGAGGAGGAGGAGGCCCCCUAAAAUUUCGCCUUCACAAAGCACGACUGCAGGUUAUGGCACCACGGGAAGGGACGAGGACAAGGCUGAGAAGAGAUCAGAUCAAGAGACCACCACCACCAGCCCUAAAGCCUCAGACUCUCUGAGCAGGAAUCAUUUUGCAAAGCCCAGAAUAAUUGGGGGAAGAUGGGCUGCUUUCACUGUGCUGGCUGGUUCAGAUGCCUUCAUUCCUUGUGAAGCUACUGGAGACCCCCGACCAACAAUACAGUGGACCAAGAUAUUGCCAGGGCUGGACGCUGCAGCAGGCCGAGGCGUGGGCCGAUGGAGGGUGUUUGCCAAUGGCACGCUGGCCCUGGUACGGGCCAGCUUGGGGGACCGAGGGCAGUACCUGUGCACUGCAGCCAACCUGCACGGCGUGGCACGGCUCCUGGUCACCUUGUCGGUGCUGGCCUUCCCGCCCCGCGUGGCCGGCCCCAGGUGGCAGCUCCUCACGGCUCACUCGGGGAAGGCGCUGGCGGUGCCAUGCAGGGCCGAGGGCAGGCCCCCCCCUGCCAUUGCCUGGGUGCUGGCCAACAAGACGCACGUCUCCAGCUCUUCCGCGGGAAAUGGCAGAGCUCGUGUGGAGCUGGAUGGCACAUUAGUUAUCCAGGAAGUCACUGUUUACGACAGGGGCCUCUACACGUGCGUGGCAAAAAACCCAGCGGGCACCGACACGCGGGCUGUGAAGCUGCAGGUGAUUGCGGCACCCCCCACCAUUCUGGAGGAGAAGAGACAACGCCUCGAAGGAGCCACGGGGGAAAACCUGAGGCUGCCUUGCACUGUGCAAGGGAAGCCUCAGCCCAGUGUCCACUGGGUUCUUUCUGACGGCACCGUGGUGAAACCCCUGCAGUUCGUCAAAGCGAAGCUGUUCCUGUUCCCCAACGGCACCCUCCACCUCAGCAGUGUCGGCCCUGCAGACAGCGGCACCUACGAGUGCAUAGCCACGAGCUCGACGGGCUCAGAGAGGAGGGUGGUGAGCCUCAUGGUGCAGCACAGGGAUGUGCUCCCGAAAAUAGCUAUGGCCUCUCCAGAAAUGACACGGCUAAAUUUUGGGGACAAGUUACUUCUGAACUGCACAGCAACUGGGGAGCCCAAGCCCAGCAUCAUCUGGAGGUUACCCUCCAAGGCAGUUGUGGACCAGUGGCACAGAAUGGGGAGCCGAAUCCACGUGUACCCCAAUGGAUCCUUGGCUGUUGAGUCAGUCACUGAAAAGGAUGCAGGGGACUACUUGUGUGUUGCAAGGAACAAAAUUGGGGAUGAUCUGGUACUGAUGAGAGUCAGCAUCACGAUGAAACCAGCCAAGAUUGACCAGAAGCAGUAUUUUAAGAAACUGGUGCCGUAUGGAAAAGACUUCCAAGUGGACUGCAAGGCCUCUGGGUCACCCGCACCGGAAAUAUCCUGGGGUUUGCCUGAUGGAACAGUGAUCAAUAACGCGAUGCUGGCAGACGACAGUGGCCGCAGGUCUCGCAGGUACAUCCUCUUUGACAACGGCACUCUGUAUCUCAACAAAGCUGGUGUAACAGAAGGCGGGGAUUAUACCUGCUACGCUCAGAACACGCUGGGAAGGGACGAAAUGAAGAUACGCAUCACCGUUGUCAUGACGGCCCCUCAGAUAAAGCAUAAUUACAAGACGUACAGGAAAGUGAGAGCUGGAGAUACGGCAGUGCUGGACUGUGAAGCUGCUGGAGAACCCAAGCCCGAAAUAUUCUGGUUGCUGCCUUCCAGUGACAUGAUCUCCUCGUCAACAGCGCGACAUGUCUUGCACGGCAAUGGCUCUCUGUCUGUCAGCCAAGCCAGGCUGCUGGAUGCCGGGGACUACACGUGUGUUGCUCACAAUCCUGGAGGGGACGAUACAAAACUGUACAAACUGGAUGUUGUUGCCAGGCCACCCAUCAUAAAUGGUUUAUAUGGGAACAAAACCAUCAUGAAAGUGACGGCAGUGAGGCACUCAAAGAAACAAAUUGACUGUCAAGCAGAAGGGACACCUCUCCCUCAGAUUAUGUGGAUCAUGCCUGACAAUAUUUUCCUAACAGCUCCAUAUUAUGGGAGCAGGAUUGUUGUACAUGAAAACGGGACACUGGAGAUUCGGAACUUACGGCCUUCUGACACGGCAGAUUUUAUCUGUGUGGCACGUAAUGAUGGGGGAGAGAGCAUGCUGGUGGUGCAGCUGGAGGUGUUAGAAAUGCUAAGGCGACCCACAUUUAAAAAUCCAUUUAACGAAAAAAUAAUAGCAAAACCUGGAAAACCCACCACGCUGAACUGUUCUGUGGAUGGAAACCCUCCACCUGACAUCAGCUGGAUGCUGCCCAAUGGCACCUGGUUCUCCGGCAGCAUCAAGACAUCCCAGUUUGUCACGGGAAGUGGCGGGACCCUCACCAUCUAUAACUCCGACGGGGACAAGGCCGGGAAGUAUCGCUGCGCUGCCCGGAAUCAAGUCGGCUACAUUGAAAAGCUGAUGGUGCUCGAAGUGGGCCGCAAGCCCAGCAUCCUCACGCGCCCGCAGGGGCCGGUGCAGGGUGCCAGUGGGGAGGUGCUGUCACUCCACUGCCUGUCCGAGGGCAGCCCCAGGCCCAGCACGGCCUGGACCCUGCCUGGCGGCUCCGUGCUGGCCCGGCCGCAGCUCCGCGGGAAACACGUCCUGCUGGAGAACGGCACCUUGGUCAUCCGCGACGCCACCCUUCGCGACAGCGGUGAUUACGUGUGCACGGCCCACAACGCCGCUGGAGAUGCCUCUGUGACCAUCCCCGUGGUGAUUGUCGCCUACGCCCCGAGGAUCACACACCGGCCGCCGCACACCGUACGCGCCGUGCCUGGUGCACCUUUUCAGCUCCACUGCGCGGCGCUGGGAGUCCCCAAACCUGAGAUCUCCUGGGAGCUCCCUGACCGCUCUGUGCUCUCUCCUGGUCACCCAGGCCAAGUGCCUGGGAUCGAGCUGCUCCGUCCCCUGGGGACACUGCUCAUCCCCAGUCCCCUACCCUCAGACUCUGGCACGUACAAGUGCACAGCAAAGAACCACCUUGGCAGCGAUUUCACAGUAACAUAUGUCCACGUCAUUUGA